UACUCCUUUGCCACAGGGGUGAUGCAAUGCUGUCAGAGCAAGAAAAGUUCCGUUACUGAACAAUACAUUUCCAGUACUCAGGUCCAGCGACUGUCAAGCCAACACCUUAACCGUUACACCAAGAUGAGGUCUUGUGUUAAGGUGACGGACAGAGGCUUGCCUUUUUACAAAAUGACAGCUGAGAAAGAAAACACGAGUUUGAAUGUCACUACUGCAAUUGUGACAGAUAACGACGACAAACUACAGCUAAUGAAAGGUGCAGCUUUCCUGACGACUGUCGCAUCUGCUGGGAUGAUAGCAGGAUUCGGCUCCACGUUAGCCUUGGCCAAGAAAAAGAGUCCAGGCUGGUUUAGCAAGGGAACAAUGGCCACUGCUGCAGUACCGGAGACUGGGGCGUCCCUGGCUCUCCGUGCCCUGGGGUGGGGCUCUCUCUACGCCUGGUGUGGAGUGGGCCUGCUCGGUGUCGCGGUCUGGAAAGCCAUGGGGGUCCAUAGUCUAACAGAGUUCAGGCAGAAGAUGCAGUCUGUGUUCCCAGCUAUUCCCAAAAACGAGGAAGGACCGGCCAACUCGGAGGAAUGGGACUCCAUCUUCAGAUCUAGCUGACAUUCUCCCUGUCUGGUUCAGGGCAGCCUUAAUAAACCACUGUGAUUUAAACAACAAUUACUGUGGCAUGGGCUGUUGGUCACUGUGUUGACAAGGAAAGGAACUUGAGGAGCUUGGCAUCCACUGGCUGUACUUGCAGGUUACUGGGCUCAUUCACCGAUGCUCAUCUGAAGUCCAUGAAGAGUACUCCUUGUGUGGAAGAGAAAUCAUGAACUAAACUACUGGAUUGAGGCAUCACGGUUAAGCUCCCUUGGAUAAUCUUAAAUAUUAAGAUCACAGGAGCGCAGGACUGUCUUGUACUAGUAUAGGAGUUCGGCUUAGUGCCAGUCUGUGUGCUCUUGCCAACUCCAUUGCUCGUUGUCAAACAAAAUGUUUUUGUCAUGCCAAUGAGUGACAACUUAACAUGAUAGCACAAACAGACCAGCACAGUAUUCCUAGGCAGCAACUGCUUUCUAAUAUUGUAUUCCAAGCAUGGUGAACAGAACUCAAAUUAAGGCCAAAAGAUUGAAAAAGUAAUCUCUGUGGAUGUUUGGGUUUCUUCAUAGGCCAUCGUGAUAUAAUUGACACUUCUAUUUUUGUUAUAUGAAACUAAAAAAGCUAAAUGUGUUUGCGAAGACGAGGCACCUGCCUGGUUUCACUUAAAACAGAUUGAACCAUCAUCCAAUGUAACACCGAUUUAAGUGUUUGCCGUCAGCUAUUCCCAUGAAAGACAAGUAUCAAAGCGAGAACAGACCUGAACUAUUUUAAACUGUCCUGGCUAGCCGUAGAAAUACGUGUGCGUCGUCAUAAAUGUGCGUGUGACUGCCGCCCCUGAUGUUUUCACACACAAAGUUGAAAGAGCGCGUCAUGCCAACAUUUGAUGUUACAGCUGACCUGACACUUCUCCGUGUAUGAGGACUUCAUUAAAGUGUUAUUUCUGUCGUG